AUGGCGCUCGUGUCGUGCCUCUUACCCGUACUGGUGAUGCUGGGCUUUCUUCUUUCCAGCUACGCAUACUACGUGGAGCGUCGUUUCGCCAAAGCCAAGGAGUUGGGCGAGGUGUACCGUGCGUACUGUGACUUCAGUGCAUUCUCUUGCACACGUAUCUUCUCCUCCGAGUACGGUUCGCUUACGCAGUUCAUUGGGCUGCCGCAUGUGUCCAAUGCGGCGCUGGGGAUGCUCUUUUACUUGCUGGAGCUCACUGUCUGUCGCUCACCAACGCUGCUUUUCGUCGUGAGUGCUGCAAGCUGCGUGGCUUCGCUGGGGAUGCUUUUUAUCCUCAUCUUCAUUCUGCACGAUAUAUGCAUUGUGUGCUGCAUCAUCUAUGUGGUAAAUCUCUUCACCUGCCUUUGUGCCUGGUGGUGGCGUAGGCAGACAAUGACACUUGCCGCAGGCGAGAAGAAGAUGCGUAAAGACAAGUGA